AUGGAGGAAUUCUUGCUUAAUUGGGCAACAACUCUAAAAGGAAGGAUAUUGCAUUGAAAUUAUAGGAAAAAAUCUUGACCAGGCGGAGUUUGAUAUAAAAAUGAUGAUAAUAGUUGGCUGCAAACUUUAAAAGACAAUUAUCAAAUAAUUUUGAUUAUCCGAUCUCAGAUCAACUAUGACUCAUUCCCUAAGCAGCCUAAAAUGAAGGAACCCUCUCUUCAGAUUUAA